UUCCGUGUAAAGGCAAACCACCACCCACAGAAGUUUCAAUCCUCUCAUAUAUAUGAGACCAAAUAAGCUUUUCCUUAAAAUCAAUUUGAAACAAUAUACAAUAUGGAAAAGAAAUCUAUCAUACUUAUUGUGACCCUAGUCAUCGCAUUGGGAUGGAACAUCGAAGAGGCUGCAGCGAGAGACGUAAAGCUAGUGAAACUCCGCGAUGUAAAACCCGAAACAUUGACAACAUUAAAAGGAGAAGAAGAAAGAGAACUCCUUGACGACAAACUUACAAAAGAGAUUGAGAAUGCAAAGAAAUUGCUGGGAGAGUUGAAAACGUUGAAGAAGGAAACACAAGGCGAUAUGAAAGAGGAGUUGAGUUCUUUGGUGAAAUCGGAAUCGCUACUUAAAGAAAUGUCGGAUACUCUGAAGAACGGAACGUGCAACGCAAACAAAGCUACCAUAUUUGUAGAGAAAGAAUCAUUUUUCUACAGAGCAUGGAAGGAGAAUGCCUAUCACUCAGUGGUUCCAGAGAAAGAGAAAGAGUUUAUGUCGACCAUAAAACGCAUUAUUAAGCUGUUAAAGAAAACUUAGAGUGUGAAUUUAUGAUAUUAUCAAUUGUUUGGUGCGUAACAAUUCUUCCUAAUUAGUAGUAGUUAAUUACACUGUUUUUUUGGUCUGUAAGCGUAUCCAAGUUGUGUAUGGUCAAUACAGUAAAUAAGACGUUUUGGCGAUUUAAUUUUA